CCGGAGGACAAGAUUGCUGAAUACCACUGGGAAGACCUACAAGAGCGCUACCAUAACAAAAUGAAAGAGCUUACUGCCAGAGAAGCUGCUAUCUUCACAGAGUUCAAUCAGCUUUGCGAAUUCUUCGCGUGUUGGGCCGCAACAUCGCAGAUACAUGAAGUCGACCGUAGUUUUAAGCGCCUGAAGACCCAGGUAACGUUCGUUCAGCACGAAGAACUUGAGCUUGAACAGAAGCGGGAGCAUUACAUCAAAGUAGUCGAGGCUUUCAAGAGUGCGCUUCAACUGUUA